AUGGUCACCUCAUGGUCUUUCAGCAUUGCUGUAUUCAGCCUUGCUACCAGCGUUCAGGCAGCAGUCUCGUCCAAGGGGUUCACAGUAUCGCUGACGGACAUUGACUACUUCCUCCCUCCCAAACCAGUUGCAAGCAUCGCCGGCUGCGAUGAGAUCAAAUCGGCGUUCGCCGAUGGACCAUUUGUACCAUUCACUGUUGUUAAGGGCGACGGUUGUGAAACACUGGACCUCGCAUCUGCCACAGCUAAGUAUGCCGAGGACGACGUUUGGCAGGAAGGCUUCCUCGAUGCACUCUAUGUGAGCGGUGGAAGUGCAGGCAAUGUCUCCGCCACAGUUAUCACUGGCAUAGUGUCUGGCAGCCUGAAGCCCGGUCCGUACUUCAUCAACGCAGCUGGUCAAGUAUAUGAGGCAUGGCGACUGUACAGCGAUGUUACAGGCGCCUUCACCGAAACUGCGAUUGCCAACGGCGAUGGCUCCUACUCAGUCCUUCCUGCAGGGACCUUGGGGCAAAAGCUGGCUGUAGCUGUUCCCUCUCGCCUGUACUUUGAGAAGACUGCAGAAAAGCCGUUGGCAGGUGUCCGAAUUGGCAUCAAGGAUAUCUACGACAUCAAAGGACUACGCACCUCCAACGGCAACAGAGCUUGGUAUUGGCUUUACCCUCCGGCCAACAAUACUGCAACACCCGUUCAAAAUCUGAUCGACGCAGGUGCAAUCAUCGUGGGUAAGAUGAUCACCUCACAAUUCGCCAAUGGCGAGACAGCUACUGCGGAUUGGGUCGAUUAUCACGAAUCGUUUAACCCGCGUGGUGAUGGCUACCAAGACACAUCGUCGAGCUCAGCUGGCGGGGGUGCUGGAACGGCUGCAUACGAAUGGCUUGACGUGUCCCUUGGGUCUGACACCGGCGGCAGUGUCCGCGGUCCCUCUCAAGUCCAAGGUCUGUACGGCAACCGACCUUCCCACAGUCUGGUCACUCUCGAACACACUAUGCCACUGGCUCCUGUUCUCGAUACCGCCGGCCUCCUCGCUCGCGAUCCCCUGAUCUGGAAGGCGGCAGCUCAGGCCAUGUACGGAUCCAAUGUCACCAUUAGCAGCGAAUAUCCGAGCAGCAUCAAAACCCUCGCAUGGCCUACCGAGGCCAGCAACGUCGCCAACAGCCUUCUAGUCAACUUCCUCGCUAACGUAACCGACUUUCUGGGGGCAAACGCCACCGCAUACAACGUGACUGCCUCCUGGAGUACCGACAACCCCUCCCUUGAACCCCUCGCAACAAUGAUGAAUCUCACAUACGCCAUCAUCAUCACCAAGCAACAAACCGCUCUAGUCCGCGAGCCCUUCCUCGCAGACUACGCUGCUGCCCACGGCGGCCGCACGCCCUUCAUCAACCCCGUUCCCCUCGCACGUUGGGGCUGGGGCGACAACCAAACCGCCACCCUCGAGGAGAGCAUCGCGAACAAAACCACCUUCAUGGCAUGGGCGAACAGCACGUUCCUCGCUCCUUCCGCGUCCACAUGUUCCGAGAGCCUGGUCAUGUACGUUGGGUCCACGGGGCGCACCACCUACCGCAACGUGUAUCUGAACGAGCCGGGAGUGCCGCUCGGGUGGAGCAACAGCCGUAUUUCAAUUUUCAGCGAGGCGCCGGAUUUCGUGGUCCCUAUUGGUGAAGCGCCGUACAAUUCGACUGUGACAGGGCAUGAGGAGUAUUUGCCUGUGACAGCGAACUUCAUGGCGGCCAAGGGGUGCGAUGGGAUGCUGUUCAGUCUGAUUAGUGAUCUGUAUGGGGCGGGCAUUUUGAAGGAGGCACUGGCUGGAAAGAGCGGAGUGACAGGUGGCCAGACACUUUACAGAAGGGGCAUGUAA